CGAUGGGAGCUUGACACGCAGCGUGACACCUUAAAAAGGAGAAAGCAUAAGGACAGAAAGGUUGCAUAGCUGUUGCGUGUUGUGCGAAGCUCCUGGCAUCGAGGAGGAAGUGCAGUGCAUUAACUGUGCGUCUGUUACUGACCCAGACAGACGCAUCGGCGCGCUGGAAUAUGCUCAUCUGAUGAUGAUGCCUCCAAAAAGAGUGUUUCCCAGGCAGGAGUCCCUCCUGCUCCCCGCCGUCGUCAAUCCCUUCCGCCUGGACUUUAAAUUGACCAAAAGCGACAAAAUCAAAUGUUUUCUUCUGGGAAUCAUCCUUGUGCCACUGCGCUCUGUCUUCCUCUUCCUGGUUCUUAUGGUAGCAUGGCUCAUUUCUUCCCUAAUCACGUUCAAGCGUCCUCUCAAAGGAGAAGUGGAACCUUUCACAGGCUGGAGGAGCUUUAUGUGUCAUAGAGUGAUGCCGGUUCUGGGCCGGCUGUGUUUCUUUGCGAUGGGCUUUCGCGUCAUAGUCAAGGGGAAACAGGCAACCAGCAGCGAGGCUCCGAUUCUGGCAGUGGCACCUCAUUCUUCAUUCUUUGACUCGAUCACCUGCAUCGUAUCAGGCAUGCCAUCUGUAGUGUCCCGCACUGAGAAUCUACUUGCUCCCAUGUUCGGCCGAUUUCUGCGCUGCCAGCAGCCUGUUGUCGUCUCACGGGAAGACCCAGACUCACGCAAACAAACAAUCACAAACAUCACCAACCGCGCCAAGUCUGAAGGCCGCUGGCCACAGUUGCUGAUUUUCCCAGAAGGAACGUGUACAAACAGAUCCUGUCUCAUUACUUUCAAACAAGGUGCUUUUUUACCAGGGGUCCCUGUACAGCCAGUGCUUAUCAGAUACCCCAAUAAACUGGACACUGUAACAUGGACAUGGCAAGGCCCUACAUUCCGGACCCAGGUUCUCCUCACCCUGUGUCAGCUCUAUACAACAGUGCAAAUUGAGUACCUUCCUCCAUAUAUUCCCAAUGAAGAAGAGAUAAACAACCCCAUAAAAUUUGCACAGUCUGUGAGGAGUCAAAUGUCAGAGGCUCUGGGUGUGCCCAUAACAGAUCACACUUUCGAGGACUGUCGGCUGAUGAUCUCAGCUGGGCAGUUGACUCUGCCCAUGGAGGCGGGGCUAGUGGAGUUCACCAAGAUCAGCAGAAAGCUUAAUCUGAAAUGGGACAACAUGCAGAAAGAGCUAGAGAAUUUUGCUGCGAUGGCCCAGUCCUGCAAAGGAGGUCGAAUCAGGAUCGAGGAGUUUGCUAGUUUUCUCAAGAUGCCCAUCAGCCCUGUGCUUCAGGAGCUCUUUGCUCUUUUUGACAGGGACGGGGAUGGCACUAUUGAUUUUAGAGAAUACGUCAUUGGUAUGACAGUGUUGUGUCGACCAGCAAACACAGAAGAAGUGAUCCAGACAGCAUUUAAGCUUUUUGAUGUGGACGAGGACAACAGCAUCACUCGAGAUGAGUUUGCUAGCCUGCUGCGCUCCACUCUCGGUGUCUGUGAUCUCGACGUCAGCAAACUCUUCGAUGAGAUCGAUAUCGAUGGAUCAGAAUGUAUCACGUAUGACGAGUUUCUCUCCUUUGCUUACACCCACCCCGAGUAUGCUAAACUCUUCACGACGUACAUUGAGCUGCAGCGCUACCAUUGCUUUGGAGAAGGACCAGUUUCACAGCUCACUUCCUUCUCUACGAUUCUCCCCAGUGAGCAGCAAGAAGAAUGUAGCUCGGACAAGAAGGAUGACUAAGUGCCUUAAAUCAAGAGUAAAGCCAUACUGAUUACACUGUGAGGCAAACAGAAAUGCAGAUUUCUGAUAGAAAUCAUUAGCCCAAGAUUAACCCAUGAAACUCAAAGGCCCUGUCAGUGGGUUCAGGCCUUCAUUCCUUACCCUUCUAACUACACACAUUUCCAAUUAGUUUCAUUUCAGUUAUUAAAUCAUUCAUUGCUACUCAAUCAUAUACAUUAAGGUGAAUAGCUAAGAAAUUAUAGUGGUGCUUGAAAGACACAUUUAAAAAAGUGAUUGUCAAUUGUAGUUUAAUCCUCAAAAUUGUAGGUACAGUGGUGCUUCAAAGUUUGUGAACACUUUAUAAUUUUCUAUAUUUGCUUAAAUAGGACCCAAAACAUCAUCAGAUGUUUCAUACUAUUUAGAAAUGGUUUUGUAACCUUUUCCAGCCUGAUGAGCAUCAAUAACUCUUUUCCUGAGGUCCUCAGAAAUCUCCUUUGUUCGUGCUGUGAUACACUUCCACAAACAUGUGUUGUGAAGAGCAGACUCUUAUAGAUUCCUGUUCUUUAAAUAAAACAAGGUGCUCACUCACACCUGAUUGUCAUCCUAUUGAUUGAAAACACUGGACUUGAAUUUCACCUUCAAGUUAACUGCUAAUCCUAGAGGUUCACAUACUUUUGCCAGUCACAGAUAUGUAAUAUUGGAUCAUUUUCCUUAAUAAAUAAAAUGACCAACUAUAACAUUUUUGUCUCAUUUGUUUGUGUUCUCUUUGUCAACAUUUAGGACUGGUGUGAAAAUCUGACAUUUUAAGUCAUAUUUAUGCAGAACUAUAGAAAUAUUCUAACUUGUACCUUGUACCACUGUACCUCUGAUUUUGAGGGUUAACCUGCAAUCGACCAUUUAUAUUACUGAAUAAUGAGUCCUUUUUGUAAGGGGCGCACAGUGGCUUAGUGGUUAGCAUGUUCGCCUCUCGCCGCCGGGGUUCGUUUCCCGCGGCUCUGUGUGUGCGGAGUUUGCAUGUUCUUUGCUUGUUCUCCCCAUGCUACGGGGGCUUCCUCCGGGUACUCCAGUCCAAAGACAUGCAUUGGCGUGUCUAAAGUGUGUGAAUGUGUGCCCUGCGAUUGACUGGCAUGGACUGGUGUAUCCCGCCUUGUGCCCGAUGCUCCCUGGGAUAGGCUCCAGGUUCCCCGUGAGCCUGAAAAGGAGUAUAAGAUGGAUGCAUGGAGUCCUUUUGGAAAGAAACUGGCAGUUGAGCUCUGGUAUUUUAAUGUAUCUUAAAUCCCCAUGUUUUUUCUAUGUACCUGAUGCCUUUUUAUCCCUCCCUCCCUCCUCUCUCUCACCGCUUUAGGGGCCUUGGUGUGGAAAGUUUGUUUGCAUCCAUAUUAAAGAGUUAACAUUCUACACAAAUUUUAAUGGUGUCAUUUGUGCUCAGUUAUACUGCGCUGCAUAAACAGUCGGAAGAUUUUCCCCUGUGGAAACACACAGGAACCUGUUGUGAAGGCUGAAAAUAUUCAAUGCUGUUAUUCUGCAGUCUUCCACCAGGUGACACCAAAAGCCCACUUUACACUUCUGUGUACAUUACUCACUUCCUGACUACCUGAAGAUCAUGUAACCAAUCUUUCAUCUUUGAGUUGACCAUUUUUUUUUAAUGUAAUACUCAAACAAGCAUAUGAUGAAAAUAAAGUUUUAUGGAAAAGUA